AGAGAGGGAAAAAAGCAACACCCUUGACUUCCUUCCCAAGAUUUAUGGCAUCUCUCUUUUACUGCAGUUUUGAAGUAGAAUGGACUACUGCAUCCCCCAAUGUGGUGCUGCACAGUGAUGGGAAAGUGGAGUUCCAGCUCUCUUUGCGCAUUGACAGCAACUGCAACUUUGAUCUCUUCUAUCACCCGCAUGAUAAGGCACACUGCACUUUGAGUUUCUUCUUUAUGGACAACACAGAUUUAGAAAACCUAGGAAUACGAACCAUCCUUUCUCUGAUUGUGCCAAGCGUUGCUCUCAUGAUAGCUGAUGUCUGCGGCUUCCUCCUUCCCCUCAAAGAAAGGCCAUCUUACAUGGUCACUUUGUUACUGGCACACCUGGUGCUCUACUCCUCGUUGGUUGGGUCCCUUCCGGGGGCAUCAUCCUGCAACCCUCUAAUCAGCUAUUACUACAUUGGUCUCCUGGUGUUGUUAUUCCUCAGCACAAUUGAGACGAUUUUGGUGACAAAGUUGGUUGCAGACAACAGUGAUCUCCAACUGAAG